UCCGUCUUGGGACUCUUGGUUGUGCCGCCCGUGUAGCCCUGUCUGCGGGCUCCGCGCUACUCCGGGCGCCCGCCGCCUCUUGACUGCACGGAUCUACUUAGCCGGUUUUGGCACAUCAGAUUCAGGUCGUAUGGGGAGAAACGAGUGUGACUUUGCAAGCAGGAAGAAUGAUAUAAAAGUCAAAAAGCUUCAGUGUGUGGUACAGAUAUGGCAAGAAGAGAUCAUGGGCUGUUGAUCUGGUCAUGAUCACUUCAGUUCAGAAUUUAAUGCUGGAAGAAAAGUUAUUUUAAACUGUUACAUUCUUUCCAAUAAGUAUCUCUCCGUGGGAAAUUUUGGAAAAAGGAAUUUGUAAAAGAAGAAUUUGCUUUUUCAAUAAACCACAGUUGCUCCUCUACCCAAAGAACUCUUAAGGCUGCUAGAAGGACAGAAGCAAGUGAAACUGAAAGCUCACCUGCAUCUCAGAGAAAGACAUGGAGCUUUGAGGAGUGAAGGUAGUAUGAUGUCGGCCAUGGGUGGUCAGGACACAGCCAGACAAUGUGGAUCAGUUUCUUCAAAGUACGGCUUUUCUGCUGUCUGCUUGCAGUGUUGAUGGUGGUGGUGCUUGUCAUCAAUGUGACUCAGGUAGAGUACUUGGACCAUGAGACUGUAUCAGCUACAUUCAUUGAUAGCAGUGGACAGUUUGUUUUCUCCCAAGCUACGGGCAUCAGCCGGAAUCCCUUCUGUGGCUAUGAGCUCCAGACCCUGUCCAGUCAGGAGCGUGUGGAAGAGGACUCCUUACUGGCUGCCUUGCAGUGGCAGGUGCCUGAUGUGGGCCUAGUUCCUUUUGUGAAGAGCACCAGUCCUUCUUCUAGUUACUUUGUCAUCUUGAACUCUGAAGCCUUCUUCGAGGUGGGAAGUCAGCUGGAAGUUCUGGUUCAUGUGCAGGAUUUUCAAAGAAAGCCAAAGAAGUAUGGUGGAGACUACCUGCAGGCCAGAAUCCAUUCUCCCAGGCUGCAAGCUGGGGCUGUGGGCAGAGUGGUAGACUAUCAGAAUGGGUUUUACAAGGUGUUUUUCACUUUGCUCUGGCCAGGCAAAGUUAAAGUGUCCAUAUCUCUGGUUCACCCCAGUGAAGGCAUCAGAGUUCUUCAACACCUACAGGAAGAGAGACCAGACAGGGUCUAUUUCAAGAGUCUGUUCCGUUCAGGAAGGAUUUCUGAAACCACUGAGUGCAACGUGUGUCUUCCUGGAAGUCUACCUCUGUGUAACUUCACAGAUCUGUACACUGGAGAGCCCUGGUUCUGCUUCAAGCCGAAGAAGCUCCCUUGUAGCAGCAGAAUUAACCAUUUCAAAGGUGGAUACUUGAAGGGCCUCCUCAGUGCAUCAGAGAGUGCUUUCUUCCAGAGUGGUGUCAAUAUUAAAAUGCCCAUCAACUCCAGUGGACCUGAUUGGGUGAUUGUGAUUCCCAGCAGAACAAAAGAAACUUACAACUUAGAAGUAUCUCAAGGCUCAGGAACUUUUCCUUCUGGGUAUUAUUACAAAGACCAGUGGAGGCCCAGAAAGUUUAAGAUGCGCCAGUUUAAUGACCCUGACAACAUUACAGAAUGUUUGCAGAGAAAGAUAGUGUAUUUAUUUGGUGACUCCACAAUCAGGCAGUGGUUUGAAUACCUCACUGCCUUUGUUCCAGAUUUGGUAGAGUUUGACUUAGGUAGUCCCAAGAAUGUAGGUCCCUUUCUUGCAGUGGACCAGAAGCAUAACAUCCUGCUCAAAUACCGCUGCCAUGGUCCACCUAUCCGCUUCACGACUGUCUUCAGCAGUGAGCUCCAUUAUGUGGCAAAUGAACUGAAUGGGAUUGUGGGAGGAAAGAACACAGUAGUUGCUAUAGCCGUAUGGUCUCACUUCAGCACCUUCCCCUGGGAAGUAUACAUCCGGCGGCUCAGGAAUAUCCGUAGAGCAGUGGUCCAGCUCUUGGAUCGAAGCCCUCAGACUAUAGUGGUCAUCCGAACAGCCAACGCCCAAGAGCUGGGGCCUGAGGUGAGCCUCUUCAACAGUGACUGGUACACCUUUCAACUGGACAGUAUCCUUCGGAGGAUGUUCUCAGGGGUCGGCGUAUAUCUUGUUGAUGCCUGGGAGAUGACCCUGGCCCAUUAUUUACCCCACAAACUGCAUCCAGAUGAAGUAAUUGUGAAGAACCAGCUAGACAUGUUCUUGUCUUUUGUGUGCCCCUUGGAGACCUAGCCUGUCCUGGGAGAGACUAGAGGAAUCACAUUAGGUGACCUUCCCAACUGAUCUACAUUACUGAAAGUUUGUUGGCGGCCCUAUUGUGAAGUGGCUACUAUUAAGAUGUACAAAAUUUCAAAAACGUCUGUAUUUUAUAUAAUGACCUAUAAGGAGCUUAGUCAGUAUGAGCUACAUUUUUAUCUACCUAUAGGAUUUUUUCCAAUUUUAGCCAUGGUAGAAAUGUAUUAACAAAAUACUCUUCUGUAUUCCCCGUUAUAACCAAAGAUGCCAAGGAGUGUAUUUUACUAACUUCUCUUGGGAGUGGAAAUUACUGUGCUAAAAUGUAACAAGAAUGUUCUGAUGUAAAAGGGACAGAUUUGGUUGACAGUAGAGUGUUUGUAGCUUAUCUGGUAGAGGAAAUUGAACACAUCUUUAUGAAUAGCAUAAGUGGUCCAUCUUUGGGGAGUGAAUUAGGGCUUAUGGUCAGAGGCUCCUGUAACACAGCGAUGACUACUAUGUCUCAGGGGUUUCUCUUGCUCUACCUUUUCUGAAUUACUUGAAAAGACUAUGUGUUUGGUAAGAGUUUUAUAGUGAGGACAUUAACAGUUUUCUGCUUUUAUCUAGGAAAGAAGCAGAAGGGAAAUGUGAAAGCACUAUGUAUAAUAUCUAUGUUUCGAAUUGAUAUUUGGAUUGAAUGAUUAUUUCUUACUUGAUUCAGCUAAAUUUUGUGUGAUGAAUACUUAUUCUAGAGUAAUCACUUUUGGAACUGAAAGGGGAAUCUGUAAAUAAAAGUUUAUUUUUAUGUUUCAAAAUUUGAGGGUUUUAAGAAUUGACUUGUAUGUAAAGAAUACUAUUAUAAAGUUGUAGACCUUUCUUUCCACUAAUUUCAAGUAUUUGAUUUUUGGUUAUUUUGACCUGCAUAUUAAAAAUAGAAAUUAGGGCCUAAUUAAAAUUAAUAUAAUUAGAUAAAAAAGGAGCAGAUAUUUCUUGAUUUGCAUAUAAGGUUUAUACAUUCUCUUGUACUUGGAAGUAAAAGAUGCUUUUCCUACUAAGAUAAUUGAAUCACCAAUUUUAUUUGAUUUUGUCAAUUGUGAGUUUAGUUAAUCUGAGAUCAUUUAUUAAGUACUCUUCAUUUUGAGCUAUGAUAAAUUACAGUCUAAUAUUAGUUGUACCUAACUGGAUAUGUGAGGAAACUGAGGAGGCUGUAGAGAUGAAGAUGGAUAUUUGAAGUAUGAAAAGUUUGUACCCUAAGAGGACUAGACAAAGAAUUUUUUAAAAAAAAUUUUAAACAGAGUGCCUAAGAUCUUUCUUUCUUAUCCUUGAGGAUCAUCUAAUAUUUUUAUGGAGAAAAGUUUUUCACACUGUUUUGUGAAUCUAAAGAGGGAAAAAGUAGUACAUAUGUAAACAUUUAAGCUUGUAAUACUUGAAAAAUGCAGACUUAAGGUCUGUGCCUCCAGGAGGUAUGGAGUUAGUUAGCCUUUAUAAUAGUGAUACUGACAUCAUGUAGCUAUUCUAUACUUUGAGAAACACUGACAGAGAGGAAGGACAGAAACACGAAAGUAACACUGUCUUUUGUUUCAAGAGCUUUACAUGUGUCUUCCUUAAUUUGGUUAUAGUCUAUUAAUAUAAGUGGUACUAGCUUCAUUUCAUAGAUGAAUAACUUGAGUUUGGAUUUGAACUAAGGUAUGUGGGAAUCUGUACCCCUUUGCAGCUGUCACUUGUUAGGGUUUUUAAAGAGGUUUUAUAUUUUGAGAAUUUUGGGCAUUUCUUAAGAAAUAUUGCUGGAAAAGGCCGAGGAAUCUUUUUCUUUGGGGAAUUCAAGAAGGAAGAGGUCAGUGCCUCUCCAGUGGUCUGGAGGGGUACUGCUUGUUUAUGUAACUGAUUUUUUUGUGAGUUCUCCAGUUUCUGUUACUUUUCUGAUUUGGUUACAUAAAGUUCUAAAGAUAUGAUGGUAGUUCCUUGAGAUAGUUUCCAUCACUUUCUUCUCUCUUUUGUCUUUCUACACUCUGGUGUGGAAAUGUUAAUAGAGUUUGAAAUACUCCCUAAAUCUUUCUCAGAAAAACUAGAUACACAGUGAGGAUCUCUCAUCUGAAAAAUCUGAAAUACUUCAAAAUCCAAAACUUGUUUUUCUACCCUGUGGGAAGAGUGUGUUUUUAAAAAAAUUUUGACUGGUACAUUUUGUACUACAUAAUGACUGUAUUCCUUGGGGAGUUGGUGCAGGUACAGAAUUUAAUUCUUUUUCAUCCUUUUCUCCCUCCUUCCAUCUCAUGGUCCCUUUCUCUUUUAUAAAAGAUCAGUCUAUUUCUUAUUUAUCUUUUAUUUUGUUUUUAAUUUUUUGCGUUAUUUUUUAUUUAUUUUAUGAGAAACCGUGUGAUAUUGAAACUUGUGUAUCCAAAACUUCUUUCCAUAUCUGACAUGACCAGUGGGAAAUUCUACCCCUGACCUUAUGUGACAAGUCACAGUCAAAACACAGACACACUAAAAAUUUGUAUCAAAUCACCUUCAGCUUAUAUGUAUAAGGGUUUUAUGAAAAAAAUUUCAUAUGUAGGAUUAGGUCAAUCACCAAGAAUCUUCAUGUGCAGAUACUCCAAAAUUUAAAAAAUCCAAAGUCUGAAACAUGUAUAAUAAUUUUUUUCUGAAAAUUUAUUGUAGACUAGCAUCACACAGUUGUGAAUAUUAGCAUGACCGCCAAAAAAGUUUGUUUUGAAUCUUUUUUCCCCAUUAUAAAGGUUUUUAUAAAUUUUAAAAACCAUAAAACCUUGAAGAGGCUGGGUGUGGUGGCACACAUCUGUAAUCCCAACACUCAGGAGAUUGAGGCAGGAAGAUCACUGAGUUCAAGGCCAGCCUCAGUUACAUAAACAAGUUUAAGGCCAGUCUGAACUACACAGUGAGACCCUGUCUCAAAACAACAAAACCCCCCCAGUAUGUUGAUAAACUGUGUAAUUCUAUCAUGAAUGCAAUGAACUUUAGCAUUUUUUGAUAUUUUUCUUGUAAAUUUUUUAAACACUUACCAUCAGCCCUCUGGUAUCUGUAUCUGUGGAUUCAGCUAGUAUAACUUAAGAUAAAAAUAUUUGGGAAAAACAAAUCUGUUCUAGUACAGAAUUUUGUCAUGCACUAGCAUAAUACCUAUUUACGUAGCAUUGCAUUGUAUUAGGCAUAAGUAAUGUAGAGAUGAAUUAAAGUAUACAGAGGAUGUGCAUAUGUUAUAUACAAAUACUAUGUCCUUUUAUAUAAGAGGCUUGGAACAUCUGCUAAUUUUGUUAUUUGAAGAGGAUCCUAGAACCAAAGUGCUAAGGAAAUAUUGUAGUUAUAGAGCAUAUAUAAAUUGGUUCUGCUUUUUAUUUAACAUACAGUAUAAAUAUUUUUCUAUGUUAAGUAGUCUUAAUACUGUAAUUAUAAGGUCUGCCUCAGUUCUCUAAUGAUGUUAUUAGUGUAUAAGUUGGUCAUUACAUGAUUGGAGUAUAAUAAAAUAUUUAAACUGGUUCAUUUAUA